GCGUUGUCCGUUUGCGUUUCCCUCGGUCUAAUUCUGACGCUACAGGGAAUCAAGGGUCAGUAGUAUAAAUUCAGAGGAGCAGCUCUCGCUCCGCCCACUGUUGAGUUACUUGCAGCACGAUAAACAUUUUUUACUUUUUCUCGAGGCAACAAAGAGCUGCAGUAUGACCCGUCGUGUGGCAGUGAUCGGAGGAGGCUCUUCAGGCCUGGCCUGUAUCAAGUGCUGUUUGGAUGAGGGGCUGGAGCCUGUCUGCUUCGAAAGCAGCAAUGACAUUGGUGGCCUGUGGAGGUUUAAGGAGAAUCCAGAGCCAGACAGGGCCAGCAUCUACCACUCUGUCAUCAUCAACACCUCAAAGGAGAUGAUGUGUUUCAGUGACUAUCCCAUCCCCGCACACUUCCCAAACUUCAUGCACAACUCCCUCAUCGUGGACUACUUUCGGAUGUAUGCCGACCACUUCCAGCUCCUCAAGCACAUACGCUUUAAUACCAAAGUCUUGCAGGUGAAGCAGAAGUCAGAUUUUUCUCAUUCAGGCGAGUGGGUUGUUGAAACAGAGAACAAGGAUGGCAAAAAGGAGAAGCACAUUUUUGAAGCUGUGAUGAUCUGUAUUGGACAUCACUGCUACCCCAACAUGCCUCUCCAUGACUUUCCAGGCAUUGAAACUUUCAAGGGGAAGUAUUUCCACAGCAGAGACUACAAGACUCCGGAGGAGUGGAGGAAUAAAAAGGUCGUAGUGAUUGGAAUUGGAAACUCUGGAGGAGACAUAGCAGUGGAACUGAGCAGAGUCACCAAGCAGCUUUACCUGAGCACUAGAAGGGGAGCCUGGAUUCUGAACAGAGUUGGAGACAAUGGGGUGCCCCGUGACUUGACUUUUAAUAGGGUCUUGGAAUUUCUGAGGAAAAUCCUUCCCUUUGGUUUUUUCUGUAGUUUGGGAGAGAACCAGCUCAACCAAAGAUUUAAUCACACUCUGUACAGUUUAAAGCCAAAGCACAGGCUGUUCAGCCAACAUCCCACAGUGAAUGAUGAUCUUCCCAACCGCAUCCUGUCUGGAACAGUUCAGGUGAAACCCAACAUCCGCAGAUUCCGUGGUUCCACUGUGGAGUUUGAUGAUGGAAGUGUAGUGGAAGAUGUUGACCUGGUGGUGUUUGCUACAGGUUACCGGUUUUCCUUCCCAUUCCUGGCUUCACAGGUGGUUUCGGUGUCUAACAACAAAACAUCUCUGUACAAAUACGUGUUUCCUCCUGAGCUGGAACGCUCCACGCUAGCUAUCAUUGGUCUAGUGCAGCCUCUGGGAGCCAUCAUGCCCAUCUCUGAGAUGCAGGCCAGAUGGGCCACACGUGUCUUUAAAGGCUGCAUAAAGCUUCCUCCAGUAGCUGGCAUGUUAAAAGAUACCCAGUGCAAGCAGGAGGCCAUGGCUCAAAGGUAUGUCGCUAGUCAGAGACACACCAUCCAGGUGGACUACAUCAACUACAUGGAUGAGAUAGCAGAGCUGCUGGGAGUUCGGCCCAACAUCCUAAGAUUGCUGCUAACUGAUCCCCGGCUGGGACUGAAUGUGCUGUUUGGUCCCUGCACUCCAUACCAGUUUCGUCUCAAGGGGCCAGGAAAGUGGGCUGGAGCCCGUCAGGCCAUCCUCACUCAGUGGGAGAGAAUAGCCCAACCCAUGCAGACCAGGCCAUGUGAUGAGCCCAAACCCAAGAGUUCGUAUACAUGGCCUCUGCUUCUGUUUGCUGCUGCUGUAGGCUUGGCUGCCUACAUUACCUGGAACAACCUUCCAGCUUUGCUACAGGAUCCUGCUGCUUUAGUGGACAAGGUUAAAAUGUACCUGCCUACAAAAUUAUAGAUUCCUAAUUGAUCAGUCUCGGCUUGGAUUACUCUUUUAAUACCUGUAUGUGAAAGCCAGGUUUUUUGUACCAACUUCUGAAAUGCGUGAUUUUACUAACUGAGUGUAUUAAUAUCAGAGACCAGCUGAUCUUAUAGUGCUAAAAGCUGCUGUUCAGUGCAUUCUUUUAUUCAUGUCUUGAUUUAAAUGUGUGCUUCAGGUUUCUUGCCAUGUAGUCUCAGGAUUGUGAAAUAACACAAUUUUUGCAGGUUAAUUGUUUUACCGACUGAGGAAUAAACCCUUUAUUAACAUCAGCGAUGUUUAUCUGCAUUCACGUGCUUUUUGUUUUCUUUCUUUAUCUUGAUGUAAGUGUUCAAAUGUCCUAAAAGUAUUACUGAUAUACUGUACAACUGGUUCCAUAGUGCUUCUUACUUAUAAAAAUAAAUCAGUGUGGUCACACACAAUUUUCAUCACAUUUUUUAUUUGGUUUUAUCCACUACAUCCACUGUGACACAAAAGUAUGUAAAAACAUAACUACAAAUAAAC